AUGGCUCCAAAGCUUCUACCAUCACUUGGUUUCCAUGAAGGUGAGAAGAACCCGUCGAUUCUUGUUACAAGCCAAGAUGAUUUUGAUCUCCGUGACGACUGGAGUGAACAUGACAAGGUUUCCACUUCCCGGUGGCGAAAGUCGUGUCCUGACAAAUGGUCGACAACACCCACUUCUCAUUGGAGUUCACGUCUCACAUCAUUGUCGUCUAGUGUCGUGGGUGCUGGCACUACUUUGACUACGCGUGCAAAGCAACUCGGUGUGGGAAUAUCCACUCACCGGGCCUUCAAUCAACUUCGUAAGUCCAUUGGGGAAGUAACGUUCCGAACGGAGCUCUUGCUGAAGGAGUCUACGCCAGUUCAAGACCAAUCCAGCGAGGUCGACGGAAUGGAGGAUCACCGUGGAAAUGAGAGCAUGUAUUGUGACGAUGACACCGAGGAGAAGUUCAAGAGACUUCAUUCACCCUGGUCGUGGUUCAAGCUUGUGCAUAGAGAAUAG